UUCUAUACAGGAACAACGAACUCGCCCUCUUGUUACGCCACCUGUCCUCUAAAAUUCGAACAUAAAGUCACCUCCCAUUUUCGGAUUUUCCUCCCAAAUCUCCAACGUCACGACCCUGUUCAUCUCUUUCUUAUCCUAAACUAGAAUUGGUAAUUCCUCCAGAAACUCCCCGAUGAUACCAAACAGCUCACGAAAGCGCCAGCGCGUGCCUCACCACCACAACUCCGCCACGCGCCUUUCCUCCGCCGCAAUCAUUGAAACCUUCCCCGACAAAACCAUCUCCGAAUUCUCCCAAAAGUUACGCCGUACCUCUUCCUCCUCCACCAUCUCUUCCGCCACGGCCAUCACCAGCAUUCCCAACACCAUUAGCUCCUCGUUCAACGAUCCCUCCACCGCUGACGUCAUCCUUCGGCUCUUCGUCAACCAGUCUCCUUUUGAUUCCGCCACCCCCUUGGAUUCGGCCCACCAUUCGGACAUCCAGGUCUAUCUGCACUCCCGCGUCAUCGAUCGCGCCAAAUAUUUCGCAGCGCUUUUAUCUGAUCGUUGGCAACACCAAACGAGCACCGACACAAGCAGCAUCAAUGACGCUGAAGAUUCCAGAAGCAAUGACAGUAAUAACGUUGUUCAUUUAAAUCUCGGCGUUCUCGAGGAUCCAAACUCCAUAGCCGUCCAUUUAACCGUCCUUCAACUGCUUUACACGAACGAUUUCGCAACUGUCAUCGACUCAGCUUCCACCGCGCUCGAAAUCCUCCCCGUGGCUCUGGAAUUACUCUUCGAAGAUUGUGUAAAAUCAUGCGUGAACUUCUUGGAAGCCGUACCAUGGAGCGAGGAAGAGGAGAAGAGAGUUUUAAGCUUGAUCCCUUUCUUGCGUGAGGAGGAAUCGAAGGAACUUCUCGCCAGAGUUUCACCUGGGAAAGAUGAUUCUUGUGAAGAAAUGUUGCAUGGAUUGAUUUUAGCGGCGAUUCAUAACCAUCCUAAUAUGGCGUUUGUUAAAGCCUUCGUCGCUAAGCUUCUGAGGGAUUUUUCGUCGCGCGAAUCAGCAAGGAUGGUUUUGGAGAGGGCGUUCGAGACGAGUUUGAAGAUUGUGAAGGAGAGUUUGGAGGAGUAUUCGAGCCCUGAUUUUAGAGGGGAUCAUAAUGAGACGGAAGCGAUACAGAGGUUGAAUUUGCACACGGCUAUGACUAAUGGGAGGCAUUUGUUGUGGUUGGUCGAGAGGAUGAUUGAGUUGAGGGUGGCAGAUUCGGCUGUGAAGGAAUGGAGUGAGCAGGCUGCGUUUACAGCGGAUUUGCUGAGAGCAUUUAGGGAUGAUGCUUGGAGGAAUAUCGUUCCUGGACUUCCUGCUGUCGUGCUCCGGUGUACUUGUAAGCUUGCCAAUGCAGUCGCUGCUGGAACAAUAUUAGCUGCUAGACAGGUAAGAAUGAAGCUUGUCAAAGAUUGGCUUCCUGUUCUGAUUGUGUGCAAAGACAAUGUCUCACCUAUGCUGCCCAGUCAUAAAACAUUGUACCUGGAAUUGGAGGAGACGUUUCUGAGGAUUAUCUCCACACUGCCAAUGUCAGAUGCACAAAUGUUGUUGCAACAAUGUCUCAGCUUCUCAACCAGAAAUGUUGAAGAUUGCCCCCACUUGGUCACAGCCUUCAACACUUGGUUUCGCAGGGCAACUCAACUUCCUCAACUGGAAAAUCUUGAUUAGAAGGAAUGGUAACUAAGUGGAUAGGUACCCCCUCAGCGCUGCUUUUGUUUUGGAGUUUUAGUUCUCUUGUUGACUCAUGUGCAUAUACUAUACUCGUGUGCAGGGACGGAAUGUAAUUAUUACAAGAACAUUUUAAUUUUAUCUUCAUUGAAAUUUAAUUAGUAUUACUAAAUAUAGUUAAACCAAACUUGAUUUUUAAAGGCAUGUUACCUAUUGUAGAGUAAUUGGGCUUUUAUGACAAAUUUUCAGCUCAUGGA